ACAUGUCGAUGCCUGAUGAUCAUCGCUCUGCUCCGGGGGCUAGCGUCCAUCAUUGUCUCAGUGCUGGGGCUGAAAUGCACAAAGAUCGGCAGCACUUCUCAACAGGUCAAGGGCAAAAUCACUCUGACCGGCGGCAGCUUGUUCAUCUUAUCAGGUCUUUCCACCUUGACUGCUGUGUCAUGGUACACUGCACGGGUGGUGCAGGAGUUCCAUGAUCCAUUUUUUGCAGGAGUAAGGUUUGAGCUGGGUACAGGUCUAUACAUGGGCUGGGGAGCUGCCUGUCUGGCCAUUCUAGGUGGGGUCAUGCUCUGCUGUUAUGGAAGAGAGGUCCAUCAGCACCACCAACAGGGGGAUAUUCAUACAACUACUCCAAAACAAGCCGUGUACAACAGAUCUACAGGGAAGCACCUGUGUCAGAGUCUGGGAAUUCAAAAGCUUAUGUUUAAAGCAGUUUCAAAUGUUUUUUGUUUUUUUUAAAUCUCAAUGUUUGUUUGUCUGU